CGAAGAGGAAAAACGCAAAAGUGGCAAGACAAGCAAGCAAGCACACAGCAGAAAAGCUUGAAGGUGACGUGCUGAAAUAGCAAGACAUCUCUUCAAAAAUGUUGCAGGAAAUGUUGAGGGAGCGGCUCAUUGCUGCUGCUGAUGAAAUCUAUGGCCUGUUUGAAAAAACCAUCGUGUCGUACGAAGAGCAACUCGCUCGUGCGAGAGAGGAGAACGAGCAGCAACGACGACAAAUGGAAGAUAUUUGCAAGUCUCAAACGACACUUCACAACCAAGAUGUUUGGCAGCUGAUUGGUCACGGAGAAGACUUUGCCCCACAACCUUGGUGGGGAAGCUCUUCUCUGGAGCAUCCACAGCCCCAUCAUGUCAAGGAGGAAAAGGCAGAUCCAGAGCCUUCCACCUUCAAGGAGGAAGAGGACAAUGCACAGCCCCCACGUUUGAAAGAAGGAGAAAAGGAACAAGCUGACGUUUCUCUCACCGUUCUAGCUAUGGAGAGCGACAGCAAUGACAACGACGUGGCCGAAGGCUCAUGGCUUCCUCAUCAUGGUCCAAGUAAAGAGCACCGUGGAGGAGCGCCGGCAGAGCAGCUCAUGGCAGCGCUGUCACACUGUGACGACAUGCAAGCUACAGUUGAUACAGACAGCGAGGGUGAAAAAGAGACGACUCCUGACGAGAAAAAUCCUCAAACAGGCGAAACAUCUUGUGCUCACAACGAACGUUUCCGCUGCUCCGUUUGUGGUCAAGGAUUUUUUUAUGAGAGUACUUUGAAAAUACACAAGCUGAAACACACGGGAGAAAAAUCCUUUUCGUGUUCCCUGUGUGGCGAAAGCUACACUUACCAGUACAAUUUGAACGUACACAUGAAGAAGCACAGGGGAGAAAAAGCGUAUAGUUGUCCAGUCUGCGGUAGGUUUUUUAACCAAAAGGAAAAUUGGACUGCACACAUGCAAACACACAGGGAAGAAAAUAAUUUGAAAUGCUCUGUGUGUGGCCAAAUAUUCCCUGAUGAGGCCAUGUUGGAAACACACGUGAAAACACACACGAGAGAAAAACCUUUCACAUGCUCCAUUUGUGAUAAAGGUUUUUCUUACAAGGGUGAUUUAAAAAGGCACACAAGGACACACACAGGAGAAAAACCCUUUAGCUGCUCAGUUUGUGGCAAAGGUUUUAUAACGCGGCCAAAUUUGAACGUACACAUGUGGAAACACACGGGAGAAAAACCUUUCACUUGUACAGUUUGCGGUGAGAAAUUUGCUCAGAAGAUCACGUUGAUUGCGCACUCAGCAACGCACACGGGACAAAAACCUUUCACGUGCUCAGUUUGUGCUAGAAGCUUUUCGUAUAAGCACGGUUUGACUGCACACAUGCGGAAACACACCGGAGAGAUGAAAUUGUAGUUGUUCAUUUUGUUGUGAAAUAAAAAAUGUCUGCAAUCGUUGAAAAA